ACACGAGCUGAAAGGAAGAAAAAACAAGCUGCUUCUACCCUACGAUCGAUUCGUUCGGUCCUGCAGCGGUGUACUCAUCAUUGAAGGGCUUUGCUGUGCGACUGGGGAUGUCACCGACUGCUGACUGGAUCGUCGAGCUUUCUUCACGGAUCGAUGCGAGCCGCUGUUCGGACUGUUGAUACUGGGAGUUCCUGCCUUCUUGCUCAUCGGCGUCGUCGUCCCAUUCGCGGUGCCUUGUUCGUAGAUUUUCGGAUUGAUCGUCACACUCUUCGUGGCGUCAUUCGUCUUGUAAAUCCCCACCAGUCGAUCCGCGAGCUCGAACAUGUUGUUGCGCAAGGAGAUGAUGAUGAACUGUGCGUUGCGCGUGCGCUGCUUGAUGUAGUUGCCCACAAUCGACACGUUCUUGAAGUCCAAGGCAGCAUCAAUCUCGUCCAUCACGUACAGCGGCGUGGGCUUGUAGUGAUGCAGUGCGAACACCAGAGCUAGCGACGCGAGGGUCUUCUCACCGCCAGAGAGAUUCGAGAUGUUCUUCCAGCUCUUCUUCGACGGCCUCACACUGAACACCACGCCCUCCGAGAACGGAUCCAAUGAGUCCACCAGCUCCAGCUCAGCGUCUCCGCCCAGUGUGAUCAUCUGGUACAUCUCCUUCAACUUGAGUGUAAUGGUGCGGAACCCCGUCAUAAACUCCUCCAGUCGCUUGCGACGCAGCUCGUCGUACUCGUGGCGCUUAGCAUCACGCA